CCAGGGCCUUAGCUUGGAUAUUCGAAUAUACGCUUGAAUUGUUUCCAGAGAUGCUUGCUUGGAUUCACCACCAACCUCUACUCUACAAUUUUCAUUAAACCUUCUACUUCAAAUUUUUAGACAGAAUCAUCAGUGGACUAUCAAUGGGAAGGAACUAGUUCUUGGAAGAGUUCUUGUCUUUUCUUUUCUUCUUUUCCCCUUCUAGUGUUUUCAAUCUUAUCAUAUUCCCUUCAUUUUGCUGUACAUGUUUCUUCUGUUUCUGAUAUAGUCAACGAGUUAAAACCUUGAACAGAAUCCUGAACUAGAAUUCAUAGUACUAGAACUUGUAAAAGCUUUAAACUACUGAUGCUUUCCUGGCAAUAAAUGGUUGGGUUGUUCACUGAGAGAAAAUGCUUUGAUUUCUAUUGCAGCAAUGGUGAGAACCAGCACUGUAUGUGCAAAGCUUUUUCUUCAGCAGAAAUACUGAAAAAGCAUUUGUUACAAGUAAACUGAUCAUUAAAUAUUCCUGUAUCUUCUACUUGGUUUAUUCUUGGGGGGCAUAAAAUCACUGCAAAAUAGUUUUGGAAACUUCAACCAAUGUAAUCAUGGCAGCAGAAGCUGAGAGAGUGGUGGUGAUCCUGGAUGCAUCAAGGGAACUAGGUCUAAGCACAAUCAAGUGGGCCCUGCUAGGCUUAUCACUUAAGCCUGGAGACAAGCUUAUACUUCUUGGAAUUCUUCACCAGGUUAAUAAUCCUAGUACGUUAUCUUUCAUGGGAGCUGGAAAACUCAUGGGGUAUAGGAUCAAGGUUGAUCCUAGUUCCAUGUUUAGAACAAACAGAAAGAUCAUUGCGGAAGAAAUGGAAAGAAAGAUAGAAGAGUACCAAAAGCAUGCUGAGAUAGUGAAAAUAUCCAAACAAUGCCAAAAGGGGCAGAUAGAAUUCCAGAUAGAGAUACGAGCAGGUUCUCCUUUAAAGGCAGUUGCUUCAAAAGCUGCCAAAAGACUUCAUGCAACAUGGAUAGUACUUGACAGGCACUUGAAGAACGAUCAGAGAUACUUUUUAGAGAACCUAUCAUGUAAUAUAGUGAGGAUGAAGAAAGAUAACAAUGCUGAAGAGUUAAGAGGACCAAAUGUUAUGGAUAACUAUAAAGCACCUGCUACAAGGAAAAGCAACGUAACAUAUGCUGAAAUGAUUCCCACAACUAGCCCCAGCAAAGUACGGACUCCUCGAAAAUCUCAAAGGGUUGAGAACACCAGCUUAGUGAAAGAACAAGGAGGUGAAGGUAGUGGAGAGCAUCCAUGGCAUUAUAGUAGGAAAUCCACCUCAUAUUCAGCUUCAACUUCAAGUCAUGCAAGUAAUAGAGCAUCAACUUCAGGUUAUAAUGAGUCAAAGUCUGCUUCCUCACAUCUUCAUGAUGAAGAAUACACUACAACUACAGGACCAGAAACAGGAGGAGAGCACUCCCCGUUGUCCAUCAUUGAAAGUGGAGACCAGAAAGAGUUAUAUAGUCCAGAAGAAAAUCAGAAGCAAAACUACCACAAUGAUGAUUGGAUGGGGAGAAAUCCAGGGGAUCAGGUAUUCAAAAAUUCCAUUUGCUCAAUUUGCCAGAAUAGAAGACCAAAGAUAGGGUGGAUGAGAGACUUCACUUAUGCAGAGCUCCAAGCUGCUACAGAUGGGUUCCAUGCAAGGAACUUCCUAUCAGAAGGUGGAUUUGGUUCUGUCUAUAAGGGAGUGAUAAAUGGGAUGAAGAUUGCUGUAAAGCAACAUAAAUAUAAUGCAAGCCUCCAAGGAGAGAAAGAAUUCAAGUCUGAAGUUCAAGUACUUCGGAAAGCUAGACAUGAGAACCUGGUCAUGCUUGUUGGGUCUUGCUCUGAAGGAAACCACAGGCUACUCGUCUAUGAAUUUGUCUGCAAUGGUUCACUGGACCUUCAUUUAUCAAAGCACACAAGAAGACCUCUUACUUGGGAGAAGAGAGUGAAGAUAGCACUGGGAGCUGCUAGGGGCUUAAAAUAUUUGCACGACAACAAUAUCAUCCACAGAGACAUGAGACCAAACAACAUCCUUGUAACACAUGAUUUUGAACCACUGCUAGGAGAUUUUGGCUUGGCAAAAACUCAACAAGAAGACUCGGAUCAGUCAUCGGAGACUGUAACAAGAGUUGUUGGCACUCUAGGAUACUUGGCACCAGAAUAUGCAGAAUACGGCAAAGUGUCAACCAAGACAGAUGUUUAUUCCUUUGGGGUGGUCCUGUUAGAGCUGAUCACUGGAAUGAAGACGACAGACAAAAGACUUGGAGGGAAAAGUCUUGUUGGAUGGGCAAGACCACUACUGAAAGACCGGAACUACCCAGAUUUGAUUGACCCCAGGAUUCUGGAGUCACAUGAUGUCCAUCAACUCUUUUGGAUGGUUCGAGUAGCUGAAAAGUGUCUCAGCAAGGAUCCUCAGAAGAGAUUAUCAAUGGAUAAGGUGGUUUAUGCCUUAAACUACAUAAUGGACUGUGACAACGUAUGUGGCUUCAGAGACUUCUCACCUGCACAAUCAGAUACAGUGAGCAGAAACUCUUGUGAGUCACAGUCACCAUCUCCCUGUGAUGAUGAUUCAAGCUUUACAAUAGAAAUUACCAGCAUGAGUCAUUUUAGUGGAAGACUUGCACCAUCACCUUCCAUUUCAAGAAAAUCAGCAUCAGGCAGUGGGAGUAGUCAUGAAAGAUAUUUCUAAUGAGGCGAAUUUUUUUUCUUUUUACCAUGACCAAAUCUGGAUGGUUAAUGCUUGGUAAUUAUCAUUUUGUCCGUCCGUUUCUCUCGGAAAGGAUUUCUGGGGGAAUUCUUUGAAGGGAGUUGUAAGUUCCAUAAACA